AAUGUUUAUACUAUGCCUUUUUUGAAGCCUAUAAAAGAAUCAUACACAAAACGUAAAAUAGAAAAUACGAAAAGAAACGGUUUACGGCAUGCCAUUUUUAGCCCUAAAACUAAACUACUUUUCAAAGGUUAUUACAGGGGCGAAUGGAAAGAUGAUAAAAAAGAAGGCAGGGGUAAAGAGUUAUACAGAGAUGGAUGGAUGUAUGAUGGUGAAUGGCUGAAUAAUAAAAAACAUGGUUGUGGUAUUUUGAGCAAAAUUUCGAUGGAAGAUCGCACCAUUCGUCAUUAUUAUAUUGGCCACUGGAUUAAUGGUAAAAAACAUGGUUUUGGGCAUAAAUGGUUCGAAGAUGGUAGUUACUACGAAGGCGAUUUCUGGAAAAAUAGACGUCAAGGUCAUGGUCGAAUGUGGUAUUGCAACGGAGAUUACUACGAGGGUGAUUGGAAGAACAAUCUUUAUCAUGGCAUAGGAAUGAUCAUCACAGCUAAUGGUAAUCGAUACAAAGGUCAAUUUGUCGAAGGUAGAAAAGAAGGUCAUGGAAUCUUUUAUCAUAUAAUUACUGGCCAAGAGCAACAUGGUUUCUGGGAAAACGAUUCUUGCGUAAAUGCGACGAUGUUAGAUGCGUGUUGGCGACAGUCUGCUAUUCGUCCCACACCAUAUCCUAUUCCACCGAUCGAAUUAAUAGAACGUGUGGACAGUGAUCAAGUUACGCUUGAAACUGCUGACGCUGACCAAGACGUACCACCCAUUUCCAUUGAACCCGUUUGCAAAAGAAUGCCGAAGCCUAUAAUGACUGUGUGCGUGUCCAACAACACGUGUCCCUGUUUAAAUUUUGUCUCGUAAUUGAAAAUUUUGCAAUAAAACCUUCAAAUUUAAAAAUUCGAGAAACAUUCAAAUCAGCACUAAAGUAUUCGUUUGUACAUUUAAUAAAUAUUAUUGAGAAGUAUUUUAACGAUGGAAUAUAAUAAUGCGGGGGGCAGUAUAAUAUGAAUCUCGUUAUUGUAUAUUUUAUUUCGGCAAAAGCGCCUUAAUUUUGUAUAUAUUUAUACCUAUUAAAGCAUGUAUGUACGUUCGCGUUUAAUAGAAAUUAUGUACAAUUUUCAUUUAUUCAAUACCGGCAGUAACUCGACGACCAAGUAUGAACGCAAGAGAAGGCAAUAUAAUUUAUAGUAUAAAAAACUGACAAAUUACUUGAGCAUAGGACAUGUUACGCGAGAUAAAUGAAGAGACAAACAAAUAAAAUUGGAAGAUUCGCGAAUAACGGUGCAUAAAACAAGGCACGUUUUCAAAUCAGUUAAUAAGUACAUUCUGCGCGGUCUAGUCACGCUUAUUCGAGACAAAUAUAAACAUCUAUCCAUAGCUGUCGCUGUUUGAGCUAUAGUUAAUUACAUCAAACAAUACGGAUGUGCUGUAACCCGAGAUUACAGGCUCAGGUGGAUAUUUGGAAAAAUUCGGACAGGAUUUUAUGAGAAUCCGAAAAUAUUUUUUUCGCAUACGAGACCCUGAGAUUCGAGUGUUUGAAAUUAAUCAUAUUAAUUUACUAAAUCUUAACGAUUUAUUGGUUCUAAAACACCAUGAAUUUUCGAGACUUGAAUGUUGGGAAUUCGUAUGCAGAAAAAAAUGUUCAAGUUCUCGUCCAUUAUCAUUCGAAUUUUAACAGACCUGACCCGCAUUCGUAAUCUCAGGUACCUGCAUAUCCUUAUCAACCAGUAAAUCCUAUUGUGUAUCGUUAUGUUUUACAUGUUAAGUCGCUACGCGAGAAAGGGAAUGUUUCACGUUACUACGCAGACUUUUCGUUGAAUAUUACUUGUCGGUAACCACAGAAUUUACUGCAAUAUAUCUAAACACGAGAAGUAACGGACUGCGUCGUUUUAUGGAAGGUACAGAUGUUUCGUUUCAUCGAUAUAUACACGCAAACUGAAGUAUUGCAAGGAACAAAAUAAACGAAAUCUUUUCUCCCACAUUAAAUGAUCAUGAUUCAAAUCUGCACACGAAAGAUUCACUUCUGGUUCUAAUAAUCGUAUCUCCUUGACCUUUUCUUUCGGCUGCUUGAACGUUUAUAACAACAAUCAAUUGUGCAGUCGAGUCACCCCAGAUUCACCACUCUCUUCCGAAA